GGUGGGGAUCUGUGUGAGAUGGAAAAGAAUCGCGGGCCCGAACCUUGGUCCUUCUUCCCUGCCUUCCCCGGAGUCAGAGAGGCCUCACGUAGUUCCCCGCGCGCAAGUAGUGCCUCUUCCUUCAGACAGUACUCUGGGCUGCCUGCAAGAGAAAGAGCUCCCUGUUGCAGGGAGUGUGCAAGCCGUGGCCAGGCUUGUGAGUGCCGGAGAUGCCACGCCCUGAACGGCGCGCACAGAGAGCGCUGGGCCUGCGAGGAGGCGAUCUCUCUGGCCACCUCCUUGCCUACCUGAGCCUUGGGCCUGUGUUCGUCAUCGUUGGUUUUGUGACCCUCAUCAUCUUUAAGCGGGAGCUGCACACGAUCUCUUUCCUGGGGGGUCUGGGACUGAACGAAGGGGUCAACUGGCUGAUCAAACACGUCAUCCAGGAGCCGCGGCCCUGCGGAGGGCCCCACACAGCAGUGGGUGUUAAAUACGGGAUGCCCUCCAGCCACUCCCAGUUCAUGUGGUUCUUCUCUGUCUAUUCCUUCCUCUUCCUGUAUUUAAGAAUGCACCAAACGAAUAAUGCAAGGUUCCUAGAUCUGCUGUGGAGGCACCUGCUGUCCCUGGGGCUCCUCACUGCAGCCUUCCUGGUCUCCUACAGCAGGGUCUACCUGUUGUACCACACCUGGAGCCAGGUGCUGUACGGGGGCAUCGCUGGAAGCCUCAUGGCCGUCGCCUGGUUCGCCUUCACCCAGGAGGUCCUCACCCCGCUGUUCCCUAGGAUAGCAGCCUGGCCGAUCUCCGAGUUCUUCCUGAUCCGGGACACCAGUCUCAUCCCCAACGUGCUCUGGUUUGAGUACACAGUGACCCGGGCAGAGGCCAGGAACCGACAGCGCAAGUUGGGUACGAAGCUGCAGUGAGUGGCAAGCGUGGCUGGGUCCAGCCUUCACAUCCAGGCCACGCGGUGCCUCACAGGGUGGACAGCAUGACAGACGGAGGGAUGAGCAGGGACCUCUGCAGACCCAAGUCGCCAAGCGGAGCCUUUUUAUUUUCUUAUUUUAAUUUUAAUGGACAAGGUGGACCAAAGGGCUGAGCCGGCCCCUCAGCCAGCACCUCUGGAGGCCCUACUGCCCGGGGCCAUGUGGCCAGGGACCCUCGCUGUGUCAUCUCGAGUCCCCGGCAGGGUGGAGUGCAUCCUUGGCACGGUUGCCAGGGGUGGGAAGAGAGUGGGGGCUCACGUCCGUAGGCUUGGGCCGGGCGCUCUGGGGCUCAAGGCGCGAGCACUAUUUAUCAUUUCGUCACAGGCAGGAGGGGGAGUCAGAUGCAGUGUGGGGGGGCCCCUGACGCCCCUGCCGGAGCCUCUCAGUGUUUGCCGGACGGGGCAGGGCUGGAGCGAGCUGUGGCCGGCAGCUGCUGUCCUUGUGUUCUUCCUGGUCCCUGCCACAUACCACAAGGGCUUUCUCUGGUCCCGUGCCCAGCACGGGACGACUGUCCCUUGGUGACAGAAGAGCCUGCACAUGUGGGUGCGUGCACCCAGGCUGUUUACAGCUCUUCCUGUCCCGCCGUAGCACGCAGUCCUCUUCCCGCUGCAGCAAGGCCGGCUGCAGCCGCCGAGCCCUGUCCGUGUGUGUGGAACCGUCCCCACUAGGGACCUGUGUGGGACCACUCAGGCCUGCGUCUGCAGGCGCAGGAGGGUGCCUAAGGGACCCGUGGGUCACCGGGCGCUCUCCCCGAGUGCCCACCGGCCGUGUCUGCCCUCCCUGUGGAGGUCCCCAACCUGCUGCUGAAGCACAAGUUCCCGGUGCUUUCCCUUCUCUUCGUCCAAGGCCGUGUCCGCGGCCAUUCCAGAUGCCAGGACCAGGGCUGAUUCCUGGGGAGCAGGUCAGCGCCCCGUUUCCCUCCCCUCCCCUUAGGGUUUUUAUUUUGUACUUUUUUGCCUGAGAUAAGCCAAGUGUGAGGUGGUUUGAUUUCAGAAAAAAAAAAAAAUCAAUGAAAUUGUUUACUAUUGUUUUAAAAUAAAAUCUUAAACUCUG